AUGUCUUUCUUUCCGACCCAGAUUUUUGCAGAGGGCACCACCGAGGAGAAGGGUGAGAAUGCGCGUCUGGCUGCCUUUGUUGGUGCCAUCGCGGUGGGAGAUUUGGUGAAGAGCACUCUUGGCCCGAAAGGAAUGGACAAGAUUCUCCAAUCUGCUUCCACCGGCGAUAUCAUGGUCACAAACGACGGUGCCACAAUCCUCAAGUCAAUAGCCCUCGACAAUGCCGCCGCCAAGGUGCUGGUCAACAUCUCAAAGGUCCAGGAUGACGAAGUCGGUGACGGCACCACGUCCGUUGCUGUGUUGGCUGCCGAGCUCCUCAGAGAGGCCGAGAAGCUGGUUGACAAGAAGAUCCACCCUCAGACCAUCAUCGAGGGUUACCGGAUAGCCAGCCAGGCUGCUCUCAAGGCCCUGGAGGAGUCUGCCGUCGACCACAGCAAGAGCCCCGAGGCCUUCCGCAAGGACCUCGUCGCCAUUGCACGAACAACCCUGAGCUCCAAGGUUCUAUCACAGGACCGGGACCAGUUCUCCCAGCUCGCCGUCGAUGCGGUCCUUCGACUGAAGAAAUCUUCCGAUCUCAGCCACAUCCAAAUCAUCAAGAAGGCCGGAGGAAAGCUGAGCGACUCCUAUCUGGAUGAGGGCUUCAUCCUGGACAAGAAGAUUGGUGUGAACCAGCCCAAGAGACUGGAGAAGGCCAAGAUCCUGGUCGCAAACACAUCAAUGGACACAGACAAGGUCAAGAUCUUUGGCGCACGUGUCAAGGUGGCCUCGACUGGAAAGUUGGCCGAGCUGGAGAAGGCUGAAAAGGAGAAGAUGAAGGCCAAGGUGGACAAGAUCAAGGCCCACGGCAUCAACUGCUUCAUCAACCGCCAACUCAUCUACAACUGGCCCGAGCAGCUCUUUACUGAUGCCGGCAUCAUGUCCAUCGAGCACGCCGACUUUGACGGCAUUGAGAGGCUGGCGCUGGUCACGGGAGGUGAGAUUACCUCCACCUUUGACCACCCCGACCAGGUCAAGCUCGGUCACUGCGAUUUGAUCGAGGAGGUCAUCAUUGGCGAGGACACACUGAUCAAGUUCUCGGGAGUGGCGGCUGGUGAGGCCUGCACCAUUGUGCUGCGCGGUGCUACACAGCAGCUGCUCGACGAGGCCGAGCGAAGUCUUCACGACGCCUUGGCUGUCCUGUCCCAGACGGUCAUUGAGCCCAGAACAACGCUUGGCGGCGGAUGUGCUGAGAUGCUCAUGGCCAAGGCCGUUGAGGGUGCGGCCACACGAGUGGAGGGCAAGAAGCAAGUGGCCGUCUCUAGCUUUGCGACUGCCCUUCGACAACUGCCCACUAUCCUGGCUGACAACGCUGGAUUGGAUUCUGGUGAGCUGGUUGCGCGCCUGCGAAAGGCCAUCUAUGACGGUCUGACCACUUAUGGCCUUGACCUGAUGACUCCUGGCGGCGGUAUUGCGGACAUGCGAGAGGUUGGAGUUAUUGAGAGCUACAAGCUGAAGAAGGCGGUUGUAUCAUCUGCCAGCGAGGCAGCAGAGCUUCUCCUGAGAGUGGACGAUAUUAUUCGGUCCGCCCCUCGGAGACGGGAGCGCAUGUAA